AUGGAAACCUCCUUUUCCACGGAUCUACACACCCACCCACGCCCACCCAUGGAUGGAUGGAUGGAUGGGGCGCACCAGUUCUGGCGACGGCGACGCCGGAUCCACACCCACCUGCACAAUGGAGGCCUGCCGCAUCGGGAUCCACCGCCUGCUCUCGGUCUGGUGCGGCACACCGGACCACACCGGAGAUUGCUACUGCGGUGGCCGUCGACGACAGCGCAUCUCUGGCGGGACCUAGACGCCCAAGGGCAUGCAUCCGUGGUUGGUGACCUUGCGUGCCGCCAUUGCCGGAGGCUGGCUGGUUGGACGGGCAUCCGGAAUGCCGGUGUUUGCAGCCUUACAUCUCAGGGAAGACGCUUGCUAAAAUGUGUGCAUGCCAAGAUUCCUACAGUUCCAGACUGA